AUGGAAGAAGCAUCAGAAGGGGUUCUAGGAAUUGUUCGGUUCAGCCUACUUGUUUUUCAGAAGAGGAAAAACAGAGGCCCAGAGAGCGAAACUCUGCAGGAAACCGGAGGGGGCGGGGCGGUGACGUCACGACGCCGGUGCGUCACGGAACGGCGGCGGCUGCGGCGCUGGCGGUGGCUGCGGCAGCGGCGGCAUUUUAGUCGGCAGCGGCGGCGGCAGCGGGGCUGCUGCUCCUCCCAGCAUCCCUGGCGCGGCCAUUUCAGCCCCAUCUUGGCCGAGGGGAGGGAGCUGCAGCCGCCGCUUCAGCAGUUUGAAUUUCAGUUUCUCCAGGGCCUGCGAACCGGGCGCACCGAGGAAGAAUCGAAGAAGCCACCGCAGCUACCUCACACAGCCGGCGCGCCGCCGCUAGCCGGCCUGCCGGCCGCCGCCCCUCACUUUCAGGAGCCGCGAGGGGAAGGCCGAGACCGCCGCCACCGCCCGCCCGCGGGGGUGGCUCCCCCUGUAUAG